AUGAGAUAUGAGGUUGUGAAGAGAUUGGUUCCUAAGGGUCCAGAUCCUAUCCAACCACCCUCAUCAAUUUCAACAGAUGAUUUUCAUUUGAGAUAUGGGACAGUGAAAAGAAAAGUUCCUAGUGGUCCAGACCCUAUCGUAUCACCCGCACCACCCUCAGAUGAUUUUCAUAUGAGAUAUGGGGCAGUGAAGAGAAAAGUUCCUAAUUUUCAUAUGAGAUAUGGGGCAGUGAAGAGAAAAGUUCCUAGUGGUCAUAUGAGAUAUGGGGCAGUGAAGAGAAAAGUUCCUAGUGGUCCAGAUCCUAUCGUAUCACCCGCACCACCCUCGGAUGAUUUUCAUAAGAGAUAUGGGACAGUGAAGAGAAAAGUUCCUAGUGGUCUAGACCCUAUUGUAUCACCCGCACCACCCUCAGACGAUGACUUUCAUAUGAGAUAUGGGGCAGUGAAGAGAAAAGUUCCUAGUGGUCCAGAUCCUAUCGUAUCACCCACACCACCCUCAGAUGAUUUUCAUAUGAGAUAUGGGGCAGUGAAGAGAAAAGUUCCUAGUGGUCCAGACCCUAUCGUAUCACCCGCACCACCCUCGGUUGAUUUUCAUAUGAGAUAUGGGGCAGUGAAGAGAAAAGUUCCUAGUGGUCCAGACCCUAUCGUAUCACCCUCACCACCCUCAGAUGAUUUUCAUAUGCCUAUCGUAUCACCCUCACCACCCUCAGAUGAUUUUCAUAUGAGAUACGUAUCACCCUCACCACCCUCAGAUGAUUUUCAUAUGAGAUACGGGGCAGUGAAGAGAAAAGUUCCUAGUGGUCCAGACCCUAUCGUAUCACCCACACCACCCUCGGAUGAUUUUCAUAUGAGAUAUGGGACAGUGAAGAGAAAAUUUCCUAGUGGUCCAGAUCCUAUUGUAUCACCCGCACCACCCUCGGAUGAUUUUCAUAUGAGAUAUGGGAAAGUUCCUAGUGGUCCAGACCCUAUCGUAUCACCCGCACCACCCUUGGAUGAUUUUCAUAUGAGAUAUGGGGCAGUGAAGAGAAAAGUUCCUAGUGGUCCAAACCCUAUCGUAUCACCCUCACCACCCUCAAGAUGA